GUCGAUUCCUAUGGUCACCACAACACAACACUAAAGUCUCGCCCGCCGCAUGCCCUCGUCGCCAUGACCACCCGCCGCCGCCGCCGCCGCCGCUGCUCCUCGUCAGCGGCGCCAUCCAUUCCCCUCGCCCCCCUGCGCUCCGCUUCCUCCGCUGCUCGGGGUUUCUUGGCUGCUCUUUGCUGCGUCUUCUUGGCCCUUGCGCUGUCCGUCUCGGCGGCGGCGGCUGCGGGGGAUUCCGUGGAGGAGGACCGCCAGGAGGACGGUCGCUGCCUCGGCUUCCGGGAUGUGUGCGCCGACGGGGGUUCCUUCUGCUUCUCGUCCUCGGAGGUUCAGGCGCUGCUCGCCAGCGAUGACGUCACCAAGGAGCCUGAUUUGGGGGUUUCAAGGGACCGGGGGCCAUCCCGGUCAAUGUGCUUCCCGAUGUCCGGCGGAGGCAUGGUAACUUGCUCCUCUGCAGAUGCGACCAUCGCAGGGGCGCGCGAUGCGUUGGGGGGAGAGGGCAAGGAUGUUGCGAGGUAUGACGCGGCGUCGUGCCAGGCGCCGCUUGUGCCUGACAAUUGGAUGCAGGCAUCGCACGGGGUGCCACUGGAACUGGACGGCGCGGCCUCAGAUGUCAGCCCGAGUGCGAGUGGCCUCUACAGUUCUUCGUCCAUGAAUGUGGAGAUAAGUCCACCAGUGCUGGAUUGGGGCAGGAGUAACCUUUAUGCAGCCUCUGUGGCCUCCCUGACUGUGGUGAAUUUGAACAAUGACAGUGUCCUGCGUGUCUAUGAGCCAUUCAGCACUGAUCCACAGUUCUAUGUGUAUGGAUAUGAGGACCUGGUUCUGCAGCCCGGCGAAAAUGCGUCGGUCACCUUCAUGUUCCUGCCGAAGCUGUUGGGCUCUUCUUCAGCACAUUUGGUUUUGCAGACCAAUUUCGGUGGAUUCAUCAUACAAGCUAAGGGCAUGGCUGUCGGGUCGCCGUACCAGAUACUUCCAUUGACCAGGAUGGAUGUUGUAAUAGGUGGACACCUGGAGAAGAAUUUGUCCAUAUACAACCCUUUUGAUGAUUCUCUCUAUGUCGAGGAAGUGGCAGUUUGGAUGUCUGCUUCUGAAAGCACAAAACAAUCUUCUCAUGUAGUUUGUCAGUUAGGCCCUUUAGAUGAGGCAGUGGAGUUAACUUCUUUGAGCAGCAACUGGCUUACAGCAAGCAGCACUGAAUUUGGAUGGCCAGUGAUCCAUAUUAGGCCUAGUGAGCAGUGGGAGGUGCUUCCUUCAGAAAGCAGGACUGUCAUAGAGUUGAAACUGCAACCUAUUUCAGAAGGCAAGGUGUUCGGUGCUAUCUACAUGAAACUGCGCAAUCACACAACUGAUAAAGUGGACAUUGUUGUUAUACCUAUUGAACUAGAGGUACACACGCGCACCUACUAUGAUUCCACAGACUUGGUUUCUGUCACGUUUGAGCGAAUAUCAUCUUGUGCUGGAAAUGGGUCAAUAUUUUCCCUUUCUUUACGGAAUGAUGCAACAGAGUUACUGAAGGUCGUGAGUGUAACUGGGGAUAACAGGGAUGGCCCGAUGAUCUUUCAGUUGAAGUAUUUGGAUGGCUUGAUACUCUUCCCUGACACUGUAACAGAUAUAGCUUUGAUAAGAUAUACUGCUUCAGUUCCAAAGGGUGUUCCAUUUGACAACUGCAAUAUAGUGGUCGAAACAAACAGUUCCCUUGGUAGUUCAAUUGUGAUACCCUGCCAAGAUAUAAUGCGUGCAUCUAUUUCUUACACUACCAACGCUGUUGUUGCUGAAUCUGAUGAGCCAGUUGCUGAAUCAUUUCCUGAAGAGACCUCCGCUAACUCAAGGACAGGAUCUUUGGGCAGCAUCAUAGAAACAGAAGGCCCGCAUAACAUGAAGCCAACAACCAGGGGAGCAAUCAGAGCUGAUGACAUGGUACUUAGGAACUGGAGAUCUCAUGGUACAAUGACUGGGAUUUCUGUUCUCACAAAUCAUGAGCUGGUGUUUCCUGUCGUGCAAAUUGGAUCACAGUUUUCUGAAUGGAUAACCGUCCAUAACCCAAGCCAGCAACAUGUGUCCAUGCAGCUGGUACUGAACUCUGAGGAAAUGAUUGGCCAGUGUAGAACUGUAAACGACGAAUGUGAACACACUUUCUCAAGCAGAUCUCCUGAAAUUGACUCGACAGAGACUAGAUUUGGUUUCUCAUUAGGUAGCAAAGCAAUUACUGAGACCUAUCUUGGUCCUUUGACAAGUGCUGUACUUGGUCCCAUUGUUUUCCGUCCUUCAAAUCGUUGCAUGUGGUCAAGCAUGGCUUUGAUUAGAAACAAUUUGUCCGGAUUGGAAUGGUUACCUCUUCGAGCACCUGGUGGCUGGCAAUCUAUUGCCCUUUUAGAGGGACCUGAGGCUGUUUGGAAGCUAGAAUUUAACCUUGGGUCUAAUCUUGACGACAACUCAACACUGUCCAAAUCCGAGAUCCCCAGCCCUUCGUGCAAUCAGCAGUUGUCCAAGGAGAUACAUGUUAAAAAUAGUGGUGACCUUCCUCUUCGAGUCACAAAGGUUAAAGUUUCUGGAGUUGAUUGUGGUUUGGAUGGAUUUACCGUGAACAACUGCAAGGGAUUUAGCUUAGCGCCAAGUGAAUCAAUAAGAAUGCUCAUUUCUUUUAAAGCUGACUUCUCUUCAGUUAAGGUUCAGCGAGAUCUUGAGCUAGCUAUGACUACUGGCAUCUUCGUAAUCCCUAUGACUGCAAAUGUUCCUGUCUGUAUGCUUAAGCAGUGCAAAAGGUCUUACUUCAGAUCAAUCCAUUGGAAAGCAUUAAUACUCUUCUUUGGAACUGUGUCCUUGUUUUUUAUGGUCUUUGUUCGUGGUGCCCCGUAUUCUUUGUCAGCAAACUCUCAAGGCUACUAUGUCAAGAUUGCUGACAGGAAAGAUACCAUCAGUAAGACUGUUAAGCCCUCUUUUCCUCAGGGCAGUAACAAAACUUCCAGGCCGAUAAGGGAACACAGAAAAGCUGAAGAAGCUCUUCCUGAGAAAUGCCCUCCUAGUACUCUUGAUAGCCCCCGAAAGAAAGAUGACAAGAGUAACCCAGAUAAACAACAGAAUACAACUUCAGUUAUAUCUGUGUCCCCAACUAAUCCCGUGGAAGACAAGGUAUCAACCGAAGCUACGCAAACUAGCGGGAACCUUACUAUCAGAGUUGCUCGAGACAAAGGGAGGCGAAGGAAGCGAAAAGUUGGUGGUGCAGGACUGGCAGCAAAAUUUGAGGUUUCUAGCAGCCACAGCGGGAAUUCAACACCAUCUUCGCCGCUGUCACCGAGUUUAACCCCUAGACAAGGCUGGUCCUUUUCUGGAGCAUCAUCCGAACUGAAGCACAAAAAUAAACUCGAGAGUAGACUUGAUGUCGAAGCAAGGGCACCAUUAACUGGGAAUAACAAAGCGAAGAAUGGCUGGUCCCAAACUGCCAAGGAGCAGCCACCUGCACGUCCAGCGACAUCUGUAAACCCAUUGGCUUCAUCCACUGCACUGACCACAGCAUGGCGCUCACCAUUGUUGGCCGCGUCUUCCCCAAUUGCUCCGCAUGCUCGUGCUCCUGGCUCCAACCUGACGAAAGAUAAGGCUGUGAAGCGAGAUGAGGGUGUCACUGCACUGAAGAAAGAGUUCACUUAUGACAUAUGGGGUGAUCAUUUCUCUGGACAUCUGCUGGGGAAAGCAAGGGAGGUCGCACCGGGCAAGGUGUUUACUGCUUCUGAAGGGUCCUCCUACAGUUUCUUUGCAAGAGAGCCUCAGGUCCUCAUGAUGAAGCAACCAUCUGCGCCGCCCGACUCUCGUGGCCGCAGAUCGCUGCCGCCUGAUGUAGUGUCUGGUUAUGCAAUAAAUUAAGAAGUUGAAAGUUGAACCA